AUGAAUGAUCUGAUGACGAAAUCGUUCUUAAGUUAUGUCGAAUUGAAGAAGCAAGCGAAGGAAGAAGACACGACGGAAUCAUCAGAGCGCGACGUCGAGAAAGGGGAUUUCGAUUUCAGCCCAGCGGACGAAGAAAACCUCUCUGUUUUCUUCAAAGAGAUCGAAUCGAUCAAAGCCCAGAUCGAAGAGAUCUCCAAUCUCCUGCUCGAUCUCCAGAACCUAAACGAAGAGACGAAAUCAACACACAGCGCCAAGAUCCUCCGCGGAUUGAGAGACCGUAUGGAGUCGAACAUCGUCUCCAUCUCCCGAAAGUCCAACGCAGUCAAAACCCUAAUCGAGACUCUGGAGAAGAGCAACGCCGCGAAUCGAGCGAGUUUCAAGGAAGGCUCCUCCGUCGACAGGACACGUGUCACGAUCACGAACGGGGUGAGAGCGAAGCUGAGAGACACGAUGAGCGAGUUUCACCGGUUGAGGGAGAGGAUCUUCGCCGAUUACAGAGAAGAGCUCAAAAGGAAGUACUUUUUGGCUACCGGUGAAGAAGCGAGUGACGAUGACAUGGAGAAGAUGAUCUCCGGUGGGUUUGUGAAGACGUUUGAAGUGAGGCCGGAGAUGGAUUUGAAGACGAAAGAGAGACAUGAAGCUGUGAAUGACAUCAAGAGGAGUCUCAACAGGCUUCAUCAGGUGUUUCUGGAUAUGGCCGUGCUUGUUGAGACGCAGGGAGAUAGGAUCGAUGACAUUGAAGCGAAUGUGGCUAAUGCAGGGAGCUUUGUGAGUGGAGGAACCAACAGUUUGUUCUAUGCGAAUCAGAUGAAGAAGAAGAGCAAGAAAUGGGUCUUUUGGGUUUCGCUUUUGGGUGUGAUCGUUCUUCUCGUGUGUUUGAUCUCCAUGAUUGCUUCUCGUUGA